AUGAAAGAUUAUUAUUAUCUUUAUGUUUUAGAUAAAUUUAAACAAAAAAAAAGAAUGUUUAAUGUAAACUUUUCAGCUAAAAUUAAAGAAGCUGAAGAACAUAUAAGACAAGGUGAAAAAUAUUUGAAAACAUCAUUUCUUAAAUGGAAACCAGAUUUAGAUUCAGCUAUUGAUGAAUUUGAUAAAGCAUGUACUUGUUAUCGUGUAGCUGAAAAAUAUGAAAAAUGUCGAGAUUUAUCAUUACGAUUAGCUGAUUUACAAAUACAAAAAGGAACUCCAUUUUUUGCUGGUAAAUCAUAUGAACAAGCAGCACAAAUGACACAACAAAUACAAGAUUUGCUAACAGCAUCUAAAUAUUUCGAUCGAGCAGGACAAUUAUAUGUUGAAGGAGGUUAUCGUGAUUCUGCUGCAAUUCUUUAUGAACGUUGUGCACCACAAUUUCAACAAUUAAAUCGUUCUAUAUCAAUUGAUUUUUAUCUUAAAGCUGCACGUUUAGCUGAACAAGAAGAAAAAUUAUAUCAAGCAGCUGAUUUAUAUGAAAAAGCUGCUAUGCAAGCGAUACGUAUGGGUAAUUAUCAACAAACAACUGAAUUACUUGAAACAACAACAAAUACUCUUACAAAAUUAGAACGAUUUGAUCGAAUUAAUCGUGUUAUACUCUAUAGAAUAUUACUUAAAUUAUUUAAUGAUGAUAGUGUUGCUGCUCGAAAUAUUUUUGAUCAAGCUUGUCAAAUUUAUCCAACAUUUGAUCGAUGGGAAGAACGAGAUUAUAUUGAAUUAUUACUUGAUGCAUUUGAUCAAGAUGAUAAAGAUUUAAUUAGUCAACGUUGUCAAAGUCCUUAUUUCAUGGCAAUUGAACCUGAAUUUGUUCGUUUAAUUAAACGAUGGAUUCGUCCAACAACAAAAACACAAACAACAAAUAAUAUAAAUCAACAACAACCAACAACUUCAUCGACCAGUGGAAUUAAACCAAUACAAUUAGAUGAUGACGAAGAUGAUAUACGUUAA